AUGAAACCUUCCCAGAGACCAACCUACCCUGGAGUACAUGAAACCAUUCCCAAUCCUUACCCACCAACAGGCUCCAUGCUUCCUGAACCUCAACCACCUUUGGGGUUUAUAAACCAAGGAAACCAUGCACAGGUGGGCCAAGUCACCUUCAUCACAUCUCCGGCUAUCUUUGAUAGCAGCCAACCAUGUCAAGGAAAUAUACAAAUGGCAAAUCCAGCCACAGGAACAGCAGCAGUAAACUUUAAAGAAGAAGCAAAGACAUUAGGGGCAAUCCAGAUCAUAAUUGGACUGUUGCAUAUUGGCUUUGGAGCUGUUCUGGGUUCAGUGAGCAUCAAUCAUUAUUCAUAUUGGGGGUUUACCUCCAUAGCUUUUAUUGGCGGAUAUCCAUUCUGGGGUGGAGUCUGUUUCAUUAUUUCUGGCUCCCUCUCCAUAGCAGCAUCCAAGGAUUUAUCCUCUUGUCUGAUAAAGGGCAGCUUAGGAAUGAAUAUUGUUAGUUCUAUCUUUGCCCUUACUGGAGUGAUUUUGUUGCUGGUGGAUCUGAGCAUCAAUGACCAAAUUCAUCAAAACAUUUGGGCAUGGCGUUCUAAGAAAGGAAUUUCAGCCAUGUUGAUGAUCUUCUCCUUCUUGGAGUUCAGUAUAAAUUGUACCGUGGCCCAUUUUGCCAACCAGACAAUCAUGCACACCAACAGGUCUGUCCUGGUGGUUCCACAAGUGUGUAUAACCAACCCUGUGGCACAAGAGCUUCCCCCAGCUCCUCCCAUGUAUGAUGGCCUCCCAGCAUAUGCUCCUAGACACUAA